CGACUCUGAAGAAGCACGACAACAGCAGAACACAGAGCAUUUAUUUUCUACAUACCAUAAUGGCUCCAGCUAUAAACUGGGACGAUGCUAAAAUCAAGUUCAUUGUCCAGCAAUACCAGUCUGCUUUGCCUGAUAUCAGAAACUACAAUAAAAAAGUCGAGCGAUGGCAAGAGAUUCUCACCAACUUCAAUCAAAGGUUUAAUGUCGAUGUUCAUCAGAUUAGGACUAUCCAGUCUCAGUUUAAAAAGGCCUACAAAAACCACAUUGCCAAAAGGGAAUACACAAAGAAUAACGAUCAGGAUCCCAUCACCAUCUAUGCCAAUAACGAGAACAUGAAAAACCCCUCUCUUUCAUCUGACGAAAUCACCUCAAUUUUAGAUAGUAUAAUUGAGCAAGAAAACCUAUAUGAUGGUGUUCAUAAGAAUAUAAAUGGCAAACAAAAGAGAAAAAGAAGUUUCUAUGCUUCCUCCAUCUCAAAUGACAUUAAUACCACUGAUGAUAAUUCUAUUAAAAGAGAAAAACUAAAUUCGAUCUCUCUUCAAAAUUAUAAUCUUGAUAACAAUAUCAACAAUAAUAGUAAUAUUAACAACAAUAUUAAUAAUAAUACCAAUGAUGGCCAAAUCCAUAACCAGAUUUAUAACCCCAAUCCCCCUCAAUUGAUGAUCUCGUCUAAUCACAAUCCCCAGCUACCUCAUUCAAUUGAUUCCUCAAAUGACGAUUUAAAUGCUUUUCAUAACCAAGAUCAUAAUCACAACCAGGACCCUAUCUCCCAAAACAGUAAUAUCCCUUACUACAAUAAACAAAAUAGUUAUAACUUGCUUGAUAGAAUAUCUGAUCUUGAAAAAGCAACGAAACAAAACUCCUUAUCGAUAUCUUCAAUCAAUGAAAAAUUAAAUUUAUUAGAUAAAAAACUCGACAUUUUACUUAACUAUAUAGCAAAUUGAGCAAUUCACUAGUUGGCUAAUUAGCCAACUAUUCAAUUACUCAAGUUCAUUUGAUCAGCAUCACUUUUUUAAUUAUUUAAUUAUUUGAUUAUUUAAUUUUUGUAAUCUAUUUUUUAUUUUGGUUUUUUUAUUUUAUUCAUUUCACUUGACUUUACUUUACUUUGUUUUGUUUUAUUUUGUUUUAUUUUUUUUUUUA